UCACGACUGCGCCACCCGCUCCCGGCUCGCCCCUUCCUCUGGCCUUUCCCUUCCUCGUUCGGUGUGAACAGCCAUAAGCGCAGAACCCACUUACGCAACAUGGUACGUGCUGGCUUCCGUAGGAGAGGCGAAGGGAGACGGGGCCCACUCUCUUCCGCUCUAGUAUCUGGGAGCUAUGGUAACCUUUUCUCUACUGCCAGGACGCUCCACAACCCAUCACCUACAACUCGCAGGUGUUCUCCAUGGCCUUCCACCCAAAGGAGGACAUUGUGGCUGCAGGUCUGAUAGAAGGAAACGUCGCGUGUCACAGAUAUACUCCAGGUCAGGAAGCAACACAGGCUUGGUCCGCAAAGAUACAUAAGGAGUCCUGUCGCGCCUUGGACUUCAGUGUCGACGGAAAUGUGCUGUAUUCGGCAUCAAAGGACCAAACUUUGCAGGUUAUCGAGACCGAAACAGGCAAAGUCUUACUGAAGAAACCAAAGGCCCACAGUGAACCCAUCAAUGCGCUGCAAACGCUGUCAGAAAGCUUAAUCGCAACCGGCGACGACGGCGGCUGCGUCAAAAUCUGGGACACGCGCCAACGGAAAGUCGCCAUGAAAUACCACGAGAACGUCGACUUUAUUUCCGACAUGACGCACGUCUACCACAAAAAAACUCUCCUCGUAACCAGCGGGGAUGGCUGCCUCUCCGUCUUCGACAUCCGCAAACAAAAACCCGUCGCCGUCUCCGCCAACCAGGACGACGAGCUGCUGUGCGUCCAAGUCGUGCGAAACACCACCAAAGCGGUGGUCGGAACCCAGGAUGGUACGCUGCUUCUGUUCUCGUGGGGCGAUUGGGGAGACUGCACGGAUCGGUUCCCCGGCCACCCGGCCAGUAUCGACUCGAUGGUCAAGAUGGAUGAUAACACGGUGAUGACGGCAUCGGGCGAUGGGAUAUUACGCGCGAUCGGGAUUUUGCCGAAUCGCCUGAUCGGCGCGAUUGAUGAGCAUAACGAGAUGCCGGUGGAGAGGAUACGGAUGACACGGGAUGGGGUGUGGGUCGGGAGUUGCGCGCAUGAUGCGACGGUGCGGUUUUGGAAUGCGCAGGAUGCUAUGAAGGAGGAUGGAGAUGAUGGGGAUGAGGAUGAGGCUGAGGAGGAGGUUGCAGAUGAAGCGGAGGGCGAAGCCGAUGAUUCGGACGAAGAGAGCACACCCGCUGCACCGUCAAAGCCUUCGGCAUCAGCUGGCGAUGAUGAAGCCGAAGCGUCAGGUGACGACGAAGUCAGCGAUGACGACUCCGCCACGCCCGUCCGACCACCACCAUCAUCAACACCGCAAGGACCCCCACCAGCAACCAAACGACCCAAACCUGCCCAAUCUUCAUCCGACGACAGCGACUCCGAUAGCGACGACGAAAAAGAGAAGCGGAAGCGGCAGAAGAAAGCAAAGAAAGCGAAACGCGGCAUUGGGGGUGGGAAGAAGGGUGUGAAGCCGGUCUUCUCUGGACUUGAUUGAGUAGGACCGUGAGCAGAUCUUUCUAGCAUAGCGGAGGGUUCAGGUAGCUGCAAUACGCUAGUCUAGCUUGAGCGUACUAUUUAUUUAUCAAUCUAUACGCAAUACAUACCACGACCAUCUCUGC